AUGACUGCAAAGACCAUGUUUUCAGAAAUAGCUCUUUUCAUUCAGUGUGCUAAACUUAAACAAGCCAAAGAGGAAGCAGAGAAGGACAAUUCUGAUCUUUUUGCUCAAAUGGAAGUGGAAUUUCAGAGAAAACUUGCAGAGGGAGGUGGACAUUCAGGUCCUAAUCUGAAGAAAAUUGAGCAAGAGACAAAGGCAAAAAUCCAUCAUUUGAAGAAUAAUGCUGCAAGAAUAUCAAAUGACAUUGUGCAGAUGCUUUUGGAAUAUACAACUAUGACCAACUAA